AUGAACCAUGUGGGAUCGUACCAGACGACCAUGCGAGUACCCAAGGAGUGGGAGGGGAGGAGAAUUUUCUUGAUCUUCGAGGGGGUGAGCUCGGCAUUCUAUUGCUGGGUUGGAGGGGAGCCUGUGGGGUACUCGCAGGACUCGCGUCUGCCGGCAGAGUUCGACAUCACAGAGCAUGUUGCGGGGAAGUAUGGGGAGGAGAUUUUCCUGAGCGUUAGGGUGAUGCGAUUCUGCGAUGGGAGCUAUUUGGAGGACCAGGACAUGUGGUGGUUGUCGGGGAUCCACAGGGAGGUUUUCUUGUACUCGAAGCCUAAGGAUCUUUACAUCUCCGACUACACGGUGAGAACAGAGGACGUGAACCCUGUAGAGAAGACUGCAGUGCUGAAGUUGACGGUCGAGCUGGAGGGAGAUUUCAGGAAAGAGCACGAGCUCUAUGCAACGCUCUAUGGCCCAUCACAACUGACAGCAGACACGCCGGAUGGGAUUGUUUGCAAGGAUGCGAAGCGAGUGUUUGAAAAGUUGAGAAUCCCGAUCAAGAAAUCAGAAAAGAGGAAGACCGUGGCCUCCUUCGAGCAGGUUGUGAAAGGCUGUAAGCUGUGGAACGCUGAAGACCCUUGGCUGUACACGCUAGUCCUGAGCCUCUACGAGGACGAUGUCAGCCUUGACUGCGAAUGUGCGCGCGUUGGGUUCAGAGAGAUCAAGAUCCGCGGUGGGCAGCUGCUCGUCAACGAGAUGCCGAUUGAGAUCCGGGGUGUGAACCGGCACGAGCACGACGACAAGACGGGCAAAUACACGAGCCUGUCGUCGAUGCUUCUGGACAUACAGCUGAUGAAACAGCUGAACAUGAACGCGGUGCGGACUUGCCACUACCCCAACAGGAACUUAUGGUACUCCCUCUGCGACGCCUACGGGGUUUACGUGUGCGAUGAAGCGAAUCUUGAGACGCACGGGUUGGCAAUGAACGGUCCAGAGGAGAGGCUCGCGGAAGAUCCCUCGUGGGAGGGUGCUUACCUGGAGAGGAUGGUGAGGAUGGUAGAGCGAGAUAAGAAUCACUCGAGCGUGAUCAUGUGGUCGCUGGGGAACGAAGCAGGGUACGGGAAGAACCAUGACUCGAUGGCCUCAUGGACGCGAACGAGGGACCCGACUCGUCCUCUCCACUACGAGUCGUGUGGCGGAGCCUCGGCGACCGACAUUAUCUGCCCCAUGUAUCCCUCCCCUGAGAAGCUGCUUCGGCUGACGAAGCUGGAGGGUCAGAACGCAAGGAACAUCGAGAUCGGCAAGAAGUGGCCACAGGGGACGGCGAAGGAGCUUCGCCCAGUAAUUAUGUGCGAGUAUGCACAUGCUAUGGGCAACUCCACUGGGAACCUGGACGAGUACUGGGAGCUGAUAAGGAAGGAGCGUGUUCUCCAAGGAGGGUUCAUAUGGGACUGGGUGGAUCAGGGGCUGGUGACAAAAGACGACGAGGGGAGGGAGUACUGGGCAUACGGGGGAGACUUCGGGGAGUCUAUCCACGAUGCUCAGUUCAACAUCAACGGGCUGGUAUUUCCUGAUCGAUCCUUUCACCCAGGCUGCUGGGAAGUGAAGAAGUGGUACCAACCCGUGGAGAUCAAGGCAUCCUUCGACGUGCAUGACCUCAACAGGAUCAUCGUCCAUCUCAACUUCCGCAACCGCCACGACUUCCUCUCGCUGGACGAGCUCGGGCUCUGCUGGGACUGGUUCUUCGAGAUCGAGGGGGCCCGUGUGUCGGGAUGCAGCAAGGUGACGCAGUUCCCGGCCGUCAAAGCUCAGGGAGGACAGUACAAGCAGACGGUGGAGGUGCAUAUCGAAGACUACCGCCAUGGGCAGGAGGCCUUCCUUACCGUGCACAUCAAGACAGGGAGGAAAGAGUCCUGGGCUCCUGCAGGGCAUGUAGUAGCAUGGGAGCAGUUCUCCCUCCCGGUGAGGAGCGAGGUGACGAUCGAAGAGCCCAAGGCUGCGGAGCAGUCGAGCUUCCUGGUGCAAGAGCAUGCGGAGAUGUUUGAAGUGGUGGGGGGAGAGCAGGUGAAGGUCGGUUUCUGCAAGAAGACAGGAGCGUUUGUGAAGCUGGAGGUGAAUGGGAAGGUGCUGAUCACAAAGGAGGAGAGGAUAGGGCUGAUGUCCUUCUGGCGCGCACACACGGACAACGACAACGGGGGUUCGGACACGAUCAGAUACGGGAGAUUCCAGCAGUGGCCGGCGGAGAGCGGGAUGCCCGAGGGUUCCUUCCGCAUCCAUGGAACAACCUUCGACGCCAUCCUCUCCUGGAUGGAUUUCUGGGGGGACAUCAGCUUUGGAAAGAUGUGGGACAAGUGCGGGCUUAAGGAUGUAACGCCACAAGGUGUCGAGCUCGGAUUCUUCGAUGACGAGGGCAAGAUGAUACAGCCAGGGACAGUCUGGACGUCCCGAGGGCACGUGACUGCUCGGAUCCAGUAUAGGAUGGAGGCUGAAGGAAAGAGAACCUCGAUCCGGUGCGAGACACUCGUUGAGGUGGCGAGGAAUGGGGAGCUGGUCAUCAAGAACGACUGUUACAUCCCUCACUACCUCCCUCCUGUCUCCCGCGUCGGCAUGCACCUUGCGCUGCCAGAGAAAUUUAAGAAUGUGAUCUACUUCGGGCAUGGACCACAUGAGACGUACGUGGAUAGAAAGGCUGGCUCAGCCAUCUCCCGCUACGAAACCCAGGUCGACGACAUGUUCGUCCCGUACCUCUUCCCUACAGAGAACGGAGGAAGAGCAGGAGUUCGCUGGAUGGCGCUGCAUGACGAUAACGGCAAUGGCCUGCUCAUCUCUCCCGUCAUUGCGAGGGAGACUUUUCACUUCUCAGCCCAUCGCUUCACUCCCUGGGACAUUCACUCGGCUCGCCAUCCUCACGAGGUCCCACGGCGCGACAAGAUCAUUCUCAGCCUCGACUGCCGCCACAUGCCUUGUGGAGGAAACGACAGCUGGUCCCGCUGCCACUCUGAGCAGUAUCUCGUCAAGCCAGGCCGGUACUCCUACUCUCUCCGCAUGAAGCCCAUCACUUCUGUCGCCGAGGCCAAACGUCUGGCCCCGUUCACCUCCCGAUCAGACCUCGCCUUCCACUACUCCCCUCCUCCUGUAUGGCGCCGAGUGCUCACCUCCAUGAAGCACUCCAUGAGCCUCACCAUUGCCAAGACCCCCGUCAGCAUAGCGGAGAGGUUCAUCUUCUUGCUAGGCAUCAAGGUCGCAGGAAUGUCCAUGUCAAAGAUUUUGGCGACUUCUCUUCUCUUCAUCGUAUCCUUCAACAUCUUCUCCAUGUAUCGAGUUCGCUCGCUGCGGGAGUGA